UUCACUGUAGAGUGACUGCCCUGGGAUUAACUAGAGAACCUUGAAUAUGAGUCCUGGAAAUUGCCCCCUAACAGGGAACCGCUUCUUGAAUGUGAGGAGGGGACAGCGACAUACCACCACCAGCUCUCCUUUUGCAGAACCUCAUGAAGGGCCCCUACUAGUGCCUAUCCCGUGUGCUGUGCUGACUGUGGUCAUCAUCACUGUCUCAAUCAUGACUAUUGUUACUUUAUUUGUGGGCAAAUACAAUUGUCCAGACCAAUAUAUGCCUUCAGCGCCUUCCAACAACAAUGUUUCUUCAGCGCCCUCCAACAACUAUGUUUCUUCAUGCUCCAACGACUGGAUCGGAUACCAGAGGAAAUGCUACUUCAUUUCCACUGCGAAAGGGGACUGGACCUCAGCCCAGAAGGAGUGUGUCCAACAUGGUGCUGCUCUUGCUGUCUUUCAUUCUGAAAAGAAGGAGAACAUGAGGUCUUCUGAGAGCUUUUUACAACGAUACGUGGGUGCAGAAAAACACUGGAUUAGACUGAUUACUCAGAGUCCUGAAGUGGGACACACAUGGAACUGGUCAAACAGCAAAGAAGAGAUGUGGUUCAAACUCACAGGAUCUGUGAACUGCACGUUUUUGAACAGCACAGGUGUCUACCGCAUAGAAUGUGAAGAGAAGUUACCCUGGAUAUGUAGCAAGCCUUCCAUUUAAUGAGGACACAUCUGCUCAUAAACUUAUCCUCUCAUGAAACCUAAGGAAACUUGUAUCGAUGAAUGCUGCU